AUGACAGCUUGGACAGCAAGGAUACUGGAUACUAAAAGCAGUCCUUUGGCGCUGCUAGCUCAAACAUGCAGUGCAAUUGGUGCCGAUACCACAAAUCCCAAAUUGCUGGCAGCAAAUAUAGAAAAGGCCACCAAAGCUCAUAAAUCAUCAUCUUCCUCAUCUCUGGAUAAUCGUGACAAAUCAUCACCGCUCAGUAGUCAUUCAUCGGUAUCAACGGGUUCGGUGGAACAGCAGCAGCAACAACAACAGCAACAACUGCAACAGCCAACACAACAGCAACAACCCAUAAAAUGUAGUUUUAAACCCUACGAAACUAAUAACAAUCACAUACGUGAGCGUUUAGAUAAUGACAACGAGCAGGCAACGAAUCUAACACAAAGCCAUAGUCAAAAUAGAGUGAAAACACCAAAAACUAGUAGUAAUAGUUUAGGACAAAAUGGUUUACAAAAUCGCUGUGAUUCCAAUCAGUCGGCUAGUUCACAAAGAGGAGAAUCACCGGCUAUAAAUGGUGGUCUGAGAAGAACUCCUUCCUUAGCAUCCAGUCAACAGGAAUUAACAACGUCACAGCAUCACCAGCAACAGCAACAACAGUCGCAGCAUCACUCUCAAGUUAGAAGUCAAAAUAGUCCAGCUCAUCAAAAAGCCAAAGAGACAGCAAUGAAUGGUGGUGGUAGUAGUGUAGCUUCCGCCACUACUACUAUGUCAGCAACUAGUCCUACACAUUCCACCACAACUGCUGCAACAUCAACUAGACUACAGGCCACUUCAGAAGCUGCUUAUGCAGCCGCUUCCAAAGAGGCUAGUUAUGUGAAAGCUUUACAGGCAGCAGCAGCUGCUGGUCAGGGCAAUAGCAGUGCAGCAGCUUCAUACUAUCCGGGUUAUCCCGCCAGCAUGUCCUAUCCCAUGGACUUAAUGGCGGCUAGUGCUUUAAUGUCUCCUCAUCAUCCCAUGUUUAAGGCUGCUGCUCUGAAUCCCUAUUUGAAUUAUGCAAGACUGAAAGGUCUAGAUAUGCCGCCAAAUAUAUGUCGGGAUCCUUAUUGUACCGGCUGUCCCUCCAGUCCUCAUUUCCUGAAUAAAGCCGCUGGACAACCCUGUCCAGCUGGCUGUCCCCAGUGUGAACGGGAGGGCAAAUCUACAGGUAGUUCAUCUAGUGCCGCUGCAGCAGCUGCUGCAGCUUCUUCAUAUCAUGCUCAAUUGGCUGCUUUGGCAGCCGCUUCACAAAUGCCUUAUGUUUGUUCUUGGAUAGGUGGCGAUACACCGUAUUGUGGCAAACGUUUUGCCACCUCCGAUGAACUGUUUCAACAUUUACGUACACACACCGCUUCGCUACCCGAAUCUGUUUUGACCGCCGCCGCUCAAGGUGGCAUACCGCCAAAUCAUCCUUUGUUUCAACGUACAUAUCCCACACCCCCGCUAAGUCCUCUAUCAGCCGCCCGCUAUCAUCCCUACGGCAAACCGUCCAUGUUACCACCAUCUUUAGCCGGUGCACCGCCUGGUUCUUUGGCCAGUCUGCAAAUGCAACAACAUCCUGCUUUAGCUCAAUAUUUCUCUCCCUACUCGCUUUAUGGUCCCCGCAUGGGUUCUUCACAUCCAUAGUAGAAGUAAACUAAUAAAAUGUAAAAUUUUUUUAAUAUUUAAAUUUUCUUUUUGCAAUUCAGUCAUAUACAAAAAAUAUUUCUUAUCUAAAUAGAUUUUUGUUGUUUUAUUUAAUUUAAUUAAUUUUUUUCUAUUUUGUGAAACUAAAAGCUAGUGAUGUUAGUUAAGCAUUAUUGUAAAAUAUUCGAAUUAUUUAUUAAAUAAUUAAUUACUAAACAAAAUACACUUUAUUGUCCAAAUAUUAAAUAAC